AUGGACGGAUGCAAAGGAGUGGCGGCCCUCGUCCUGGCGCUACUUUGCUGGUGCCACCUGCCGGCCCCUGCCGGCUCGAAUGUGACCGAAACGAGACCGAAAUCUGGUGGCCGCGACCGGCCCUCUUCCUCGUCGUCCGCGCCAUCCCCAGCGAUCGUUUCCCUGUCGUCGGCCUCGAUAGUGGCCGCCCUUGCCCAACGCCACGCCAACGCGAACGGCAACGCCAGCGGUACCGGAAGUGGCCCUGCGUGGUCGCCGACGGUGGGUGGUGGGCCGGCCGGGAAAUGUAAUAUCGCCCAGUUGCGCUGCGCCAACGGGACCUGCAUACCGUCGUCGAAGUUCUGUGACGGCAACUUCGAUUGCCUCGAUAGGAGCGACGAGCCGGCCGCCUGUACAGUCUGCAACCGAACGCUGCACGGCGAAGCUGGCCGGACGUACGAGCUCCAGAUAGCCAACUCCCGCGACGCGUAUCCAUUCACGUGUCACCUCAACUUCAGCGCCUCCGGAGGACAGUACGGGGACAUCGUGCAGCUUAACCUGGCCAAGUUUAGCGUCGGCAAGUUUGUGGAAAAUCUGCACGACCUGAAGCAGCACGGCGAGUGCGUGGAAGGCUUCAUGACGAUCAGUGAGCAAGGGCUACCGAAUCUGGACGGCCGGUGGUGUGGAACCGCAUCCGGCUACACCAUCUACUACAGCGAGACGAAGUCGGUCAACGUGACACUGCGGCUGGACCAGCCACCCCAGACGAGCAGCGCCGCGAACGGGUUCGAGUUCCGGUUGAUCUACAAAUUUCUACGUCACAGCGAUGCGAAGCUAAGAAACGACAAACGGAUAUGGAACGGAGAGCUGAUGGCCGGCAGCUACUGCAAUCGAAACUUUAAUGACUGCGACAAACGGACCUGCCGAAUACGGUCACCGAACUAUCCCGGCAUUUAUCCGCGCAAUUUAACAUGUAAAUAUUAUAUCAAUCACCGGGUACCGCCGAGCGGUCUGCACGCCAUGAUCGUCCUCCGGCAGCCGGACGGCCAUAAAUUAAACAUGAAGGAGCAGCCGACCCACCACGAGGUGAACAACAGGAUUUUAAGGAGCUGGGAGCAGUGCGAUGAAGCGCAGGAUUACCUCAGCAUCUACGACGGUGGCUCGGCGGAGGCCCCGGCCAUCGGGAGGAUCUGCGGUGGCGAUGUCCUGCCGGAUAUCGUAUCCAGUGGUCCCGAAAUGCGUGUCGAGUUCCACACGUCCCCGUUCGAUGUACCGUUCCAUCCGAACCCCGUCACCUUUCUGCCCGGCUUCGAGCUGGAAGUCCACGUACUGUACGUGAACGCCAACUCGCAAUCUUAUAUACGUCAGCCGGGCCGCUGUGAGUUCAUCAUCAGCGCCUUCGAGAGUCAGACGGGCGAGCUGGAGAGCCCCCAGCACACGCUACCGCCCGAGAGCUCGUGUCUGUACCACUUCCAGGGCCGGCGCCACGAAACCGUGUGGGUCUCGUUCAUCAAGUACCAUUCGGCGAUCGAUCCGACCGGGUUCGAGUCGCAAUCGGAGUGCGUCACCCAGCUGCGCAUCUGGGACGGUCGAUGGUCGGUCACGUCGCGUCCGUACGGCACGCCGCCGGACUAUCAGCGCAACGCCAGCCUGAUCGAGCAGAUCUGCCGUGAGGAGGUACCACGGCUUUGCUCGCGAUCGCUGGUCGCGAAGGGCAGCCGGCCCUGUUCGACCCAAGAGAGCUACCUGUCGACCGGCUCGGACCUAACGAUCGAAUAUCGGCCCAGCCCGAUCGGAACGGCUCGCCUGUACGGUCCAGCUUCGGCCUUCAAGCUACGCUAUGAAUUCGUGGACAACUCCCUCGGUGGGGCUCCCCUCGAACCGCUGGUGGCUCCCUCGGCCAUGCCCGAACCGGCCGCCCUUGUGCAGUUCCACCCGAAGUCCUGUGACCGCGUGUUCCGCUCGUCGUCCGCCUCGCGCGGCAUCUUCCGGUCGCCAUCGAACGUGUUCAUGUACGGCCGCGGAGGCUCCCCCAACGUGUCCUGCAUUAUCCGCUUCGAGGCGAGCCCGGGCGAGAGUGUCAGGCUAACGAUCACUCGGGCUCGGUUUGGUGGCCGAUCGUGCCAGAACAUGCAGAACCGGUCGGGAAGGUGGCACUGCAACCACCACGGAGGUCCCGUUUCGGACCUGCGCAUCAGCGAGAUGCCCUGGACGGAUGUGCCACCGCUCCCGCGGGACUGCCUCUGCUCGGACGUGUCCGGUUCGAUCACACUGGCGCCCCUGGCGGCCAGCAUCGUCGAGGUGAAGUUCACCACGCUCCAGAUGGAGGUCGAUCAGGAUUUUCGCGACUUCUACUUCGAGGGUCGGUACGAGUUUGCGCGCGAUGGCUGCGAGACGGACUGGGACGAGCGGCGAUUGCGGGGCCGCAGCGGAGACGCCUACCUCCGGCCAACUCCCUGCCCGGCCCUAAUCCAACCGUGGCUGCUCGAGCCCGAAACCCCCGGCAGCUAUCUGGUGCUGAAGAUGAAGGGUUUCUGGAUGCCGCCGUUGCUCCAGUCAGCCCCGCCGUGCCCGACCGAUGCCCGAAUCACCGUUUACUCGACGAACAAUCCGCGUGGCUCACGAGACCUCUGCCCAUCCGGCCCGGACGUGGUCGCAUUCUCCGAUGGCUGGGACCGGGCCCACGAAUUCAGUGCUGUCGAGGUCGCCCGCAGCCUGAUCGUGGAGUUUCGCAGCUCACGGCGGCCACCACUCGAGACGGUCGACUACAAGUUCUCGUGGAUGGAGAUCUUCCCCGGGCACGACUGUCCGCACAAGUGCCAGGAGCUGCAGGCUUGCAUCCCGGCCGAGCUGUGGUGUGACGGGCGGGCGCACUGUCCCUCCGGUCAGGACGAAAGUCCGGCCGAGUGUGACCUCCGGUUGCCGCUAUCUCCGCUGCACGUCGGACUGGCGGCGGCCACCCUAACCCUGGUCCUCUCGCUGGCCGCCGGCUUGACGGCCUGUGCCCGGCGGAAGCGGGUCGAGAAGAAGCACCACCACCACCUACAGCACGGGACGGGCCAUCACCUGGACGGGCCGGGAGGUCCCGGACCGGGUGGUCGGGGUCCGUACGGUGGCUACCCGCACGCCGCCAAUCCGCACCACCUGUCCACGUCGUCGUCCCUGGGGCACCCGUUGACGCCCCUCUACCUGGACCCGACCAAGGACAGCUUCUGUUGA